CUUUACGUUACUCUACUCUUAUUUUCAGCCUUCAGAUUGGACUCAAAUACAUUGAAAACAAAUUCUUCUUAUUUGUACCAUCUGGGAAAAUUUCUGCAGCCUGCAAUUGGGUACUAUUCUCGCUGGCUACUGUGUUGGCGGGCUACAUUGCACGGCUGGAAUGUCCGACAGUUUCACAGACGCUGCGAUGGAAAAAGAGAUACAGUUACCAUAAUAAAAAAGGGUAAAUACGUUUUUGGAGGUUACACGGACAUUCCUUGGGGUAAGAAAAUUGCUUGCUCAGUUUAAAAGCAAAUAGCAAUAAAACGUAAAGUUGAGCCAGACCAGUCUUCUUAACUAUUUUUACUGCCGUAAGAACUAGGGAGGCUGGUUGUUACGUAUUAACGAUUCUGUAAAAUUGCGGAUAUGUUGAAUAUCUAUCCUCCCGGUUCCUGGCGAGAAAAUACAUGGACCAUAGUAUUGACUCAAAGGUUACCUAAGUUUUCUAUACAGGACACCAAACUGUGACCCCCACGGGCAUUUUCCUCUAAUUUUUGACAACAUAGCUAUUCUUACUAACUCGAGUACGCUGAUUUCGAAAAUUACUGUUGUUGCCAAUCUCAAGCUCGUGUUAAGGUGGAGUUUUGGGGCAUUUCAUUAUGACGUCACUGUCCAAAUAAGAAGAUUUCUUUCCUUCCAUAAUUAUAAAAUUAAAUAGAUCCAGAAAUGGUUUUAAUUUUAAAGACCAUUUAGGGAAUUUAUGAAACGCUGUUUCGAAUUUCGAGGCGUCACAUGACAAUUGACCACACCCUUUGAUUUAAAAUUUACACAAUUAUGGCUAAAGAUGUGAUAUUUAUCGCAAUAAUUUUACUGAGAUAAUUAAAAAGUAUAUUGAAAUAAGCCAUUCUUUGAUUGCACGUGCUCUUGGCACUUUUCCUCUCACUAAAUACGUUACCAGACCAAGGCAACUUUGAAACUCAAGUAAGUUCAAAUAGUUUAAGAUAGCCGGACUGCUUAAUAAAAUGUAGGUGCAUGGAGACAUCUAAAAAGAAAAGGAGCUGCGGAGGGGCUUUCCACAAGGACCGACGAGCGAUGUGCAAAGCUGCUAGAAGCGCAAAGGCACGGAAAAGUGCUUGUGAUGAACAAAAUAAAGAGACAAUAAAAAGAGAAAGAGUAAGAGAUGUAACCACUCCUAGGGCUUUCCACAAGUUGCUCGGCAACUUUUUGGCAACUUCUCGUACUUCGAGCAACUGGUUACGCCGCAAAAGAUGUGAUAUUUAUCGUAAUAAUUUUACUGAGAUAAUUAAAAUUGCACAAAAUGCUUAGAAAUCUUACUUUUGUUGUAGAAGUUGCAUAUUUUAGCAUCAGACCAAAAAAAAUUUUUUUUUUUUUUUCGAGCAACUUUUGAGGAACUUUUGUUUGUUUUUUGAGCAACUUCUUUGAGAAAUACGGGAAACUUUUUGAAAAAUCUCGAGCAGCUUGUGGAAAGCCUAACCACUCAUGACUCACUUCGUCUCACAAUGGCACAGAAAUUUGUUAUCGUGACUUCAUACACAAUGUGAAAAUUGAGCUUCUGAAGGAAAAGCUAUAUGUUAAAUAGGCAACUUACGAUCCGACGACGGCGACGGCAACGGGAACGCCACAAAAGCAAUAGGUUUAAUUAGCAAAACUACAAUUCUGCACGUGAAUCGCGCUUUUUUGUACAUUUCUUUGCCGUCACUGCACGACUACGACGUGAAAAUGUUUAAUUUCACGAUGUACAGAGGAAGUACACAAUCGACGUCGAACUUUCCUCUCUCUUUCUGAACUUGGAUAUGGUUCUUAGGAAUUCAACUUUAGGAGGGUUCGCCUACAUUUGACAAAGUGAGUGACUUGGAGUAAUCUCGAUGAAGAUUGAAAGAACGCGAAUUCACUUUUUUCAGCGACGUUUUACCUGCCGUCGCCGUCCUAGGGUCUUAAGGUCCCUAAUAAUACCCCCCUAACGCAGAAGAAAAGUAUUUCUUUUGACAACGAGGCGGCCUCCACUUCAUUAAAAGGGCAAGUAGCACGAAGUAGUAGGAGAAGUGUCGCACCUGUACAAUGGAGUCUUUCUGUACUUUGCCAAAAAUCCGAAAACACCGAGAGCUGCUCAAAUCAUUGCAAUUGAAUCAUCUUAUCUGGAUAUGAACUGAAUUUCAGACGAUUACUUCGAGUUGUUUUUACUUCCUCAGUAGGGUCAGAACCGACUGGCCGCUAAUACCGUCCAGUGACACCGGCAAACAAAGAAAUAUCGUUGGAAAUGUCUACAUGAUACAGAAGUGCUUUACUCUUUUUGAAUGUAAUUCAUAUUUAUCGUUUAAACUGUCAACUGCAUGCAGUACUCUGAACGAAGUCUGUUGUACGUUUAAUUCAAUACUCAAACUCGAUCGCAAUCACGCAGAUAAAACAAGCUCAUUAAAAUACACACACGGAACACUUCAAAAACACAACGAUUUGCUUUAAAAAAAAGAAGCUAUUUGGUGCUUAACGAAGAAGGAAAAAAAGCAAGAAAAAAAAGUUAAACAGAAUCAUUACACUUGACGGUGGAAAUUGCAAGACUUAAAUCCCAGAAAUUUUCACUUUCGAAUUUUUUUAACUCCACGCAAACAUGCCAGGCAUCCGACCCGGCAAUCCCGCUAAAAUUUCUCAUAACUAUACAUAAUUCUGCGAAUGUUUGGACAAGAAUCAACCAAUCAAACACUACCCGGUUUUCGGGUAGUGACGUCACACUGGACGGGAUUACAUUAGCGGCCGGUCGAUUCAGACGUUGCUAAAAGAGUAAAAAAGGACUCGAAGUAAUCGUCUGAAAUUCAGGCUAAUCUGGAUAAUGCAAUAAAAUUCCGCCUAGCUAAGGUCAGCGAUCUCAUUGCUGCAAAAGGGCCGGGAAGGUACAAAAAGUGUCUGAGCGCUUAGUACCAGACUGGCAAAAACAAAGAGGAAUCUCAACAGGCAGUUAUCGUUAUGAUUUUAUCUGCUUUGAGCUCGGCCACUAUACUGCAGUGCGUAACCAAAUAUUCCAGCUAUCUGACGUACGGCCGGGAUAUAAUAAGCUAGCCCAAAAAACCAAUACAAACAUACCGCAGUCAUCUAUCAACAGGAAAGCAUCAUGAGAAAAUUAAAGUUGGAGACUUGUUCGAAUUCUUAAGCACUGAUACGGGGGAUUACAUCAUACAAGUUAUGAUGUACGCUCCUAGUUACUCAACGCUGUUAGUAGAUCUACUGCACAAGGAGGGCCAUAUACAGCUACAACAGCCAAAUCCUCAAGUUGGACCCCUCACUAGCGCAAGAUACAGUCUGUUCUUGAAAGAGAUAAGCGGCACCGUUUUCCUAACUUGUUCUAAGCCCGGACAACUUCCUGAUGCAGUUCACUACUAAUAACAUUAACAUCAACCAUUCGUUGCUAGGUGGAAAGGACACUUUCCACGCAACACCGGUACCUGGUUGACAAAGAGGCCCAAAUAAAACAAAGCAUUUAGCAAGCUUGAGGCCCAAAGUGAAUUGUGAAAUUACUAGGAUUCAACAUUGCACAAGAAAAACAAAAAGUUGUAUAUGUAUUCCUAAGUACAUUACAAAAAAAUAAUGGCUGUCUUUACACUAGGCUGUUAAGUAAGACUUAAGAGCUGCUAAGUUUUACUUAACCAAAAAUUCGUGUGUGAAGGCCUAAGUAAAAUCUCAAGUAACUUUACUUUGCAUCUCAUUAAAGUUGAAAAGUUGAAACGCUUCAAGAAAGUUUCAAGCGACUUGAAAAGCAUCCUUAAAACCGACUUACUUGCAGUUUCUUCGGGUGCUUACCAUUUGACAGAAAAAUCUGGCUGGGGUGUCGAAAGCAUAAUGGUAAGCGAUUUACCAGUUUACCGUAGAGUUGCCACAUCCGUUACGGUUUGAAUCCAAAAAGGGGGCGAAUGCGUCUGGAACCGAGAAAUUGGUAGUUGGUAAGCAACAUUCCGUUUGGUUUGUACCAACUGGAAUGAACGGACUACCUCAAAACGUACUCCUCAAUUUUUGGUCGUAAUUUCCGAAAAGUGACCUUACCAUUUACCAUCCAUCCGGAAUUUCCGAAAGUUUCUGUCAAAUGGUAAGCACCCUUGAGGUUUGAGAAAGGCGAAACACGUCAAUCAAUCGUAAUUAUGUUGCGUGGAAAAAUAGCUUUAAGUUAACCUGAAGUAAAAAAGAAUCGGUUGUGUGUGAAGCUUUAUUUUACUUGAAGUAAUUAAAAUUUGCUGCACUUGAAAUAUUUCUUAGCUUAUUUAGGCUCUAGUGUAAAGACUACCAAUGUGAUAAAUAUACAAGUGAUAAGGUGAUUUUUCUAUAAGAGGGCGUGGUCAAGUGUCACGUGAUGGCUGUAUGUUAAUAUAAGCAGCGUAAAAACAGUCAGAAAUUCUUAGAAUAUAAUUUUUAAAACACUAAUAACGGUUUAAAAGAAUUUAUGUCUCUUUUAAAUUUGGAAUUGUUAAAGGAGAGAAUACCCCUCAUUUGGACAAUGACGUCAUAGUGAAAAUCCCCAAACUCCACCUUAGCACAAGAACUGAGUUUGGCAACAAUGAUUUUCAAAAUCAGCGUACUCAAGCUAGUAAAAAUACCUAUGUUGCCAAAAUCAGACAUAAAUGCCUGUGGGUGUCACAUUUUGGUUUCCACUGUACCCGACCAGACUAUACCCGCCAAAAAAAGUGAAAACUACCGUAUUAUAAUAACUCACAGCAAUUUUUGCGGUAAAAUCCUUUAUAAUUACCUGACGGGAUACCCGUCGAAUGGAGUAUAUUAAAUACGUCGUCUUUACCCGCGGCGUUCUUCACCAUCAGUAGGCCAUGUCUGAUUACAGGGUUAUUAAUUCUUUCAUUUAAGUCCAAUUCUUAUUUCCUCAGUGGCACUUACCAAGGUAACAUGUAGAUUUAGCGAGGGCCAAAAACGAAGCUCUCAUUUGAUCUUUUCAGUAAUGCCUUUGAAGAAAGCUGUAAACCUGAGGCUUCGAUACGGACAGUUGUUAGCGGAUACCCUAUUUUGACAAGUGGAUGUCUCAUAUCAAGUUAAUCACAAAUCGAAUAUACCUUAGAUUAACGCUUAUAAUAAGUGAGUGUGACAUACAUGCGCUAAUAUGAAAGGGCGGACGUAAGGACGGAAGAUUGUGUCACAAUUAAAUUUCUUGAAUGCAUAGAUAACCAAAUUUUAUUAUCCAUAGUGCCCGGCUGCUUGUGUUUCGCGAGCACGAGAUCCGCCGUUAUACCUAAUGUUUACCUACAAUCCUUGUCACAUUACGUUGGGACACCCCGUGCUGUACCCAUUUCCUGACAAAAAAAAUGUGCUCCUUCCCUCCCAGUGUUGUUGUUUUUUUUUUGCUCCUGUCAUUCCAACUCGCAAAAUCCAACAUUAAGGGGGUAGAAAAUACCACUACUGUCCCAGCUAUUGUGACGAGUGUCGUAGGUAUGUCAAUUCUUGUACCUUGGUGAAACGAUCAAGUCAAACACGUCGACAUCAUGUGCUCUUGUUUACAUUGGAUUAUUACGGGAUGAAAAGAAAUUCUUUAUUAUUUUGUUUUCAUUUCAUUUAUUUAUUUCUGCAGCUAAAAUUUAUGACUUCGAGGAAUCCAUCUCCAUUGGUUAUUGUGUCUAGUUACAUAUUUUGCUUUUGUUGUUUACACUUUUAGUUUUUUCGAUCAAGUCAGUGUGUGUGAAGUUCCGGGUGGGGUACUCCCAUAAAUUUCGGAUAGAUGUUUGUCUCCGAGGGCCUGAAGUACUGACCCUAUUUGAGGAUGAGAGAAACGAAAACUGAUACCUUAUUUAACGGCGUGUCUCCGUAAAAACCGACCAGUGAUUUCGGAUCAAAAAAUUAAUUUUCCUUGUAUUCUAGGAUAUUAAAGUCUUUACCUAGUUAGUUACAAAAAUGCAUUUUGUUUGACCGGAAAUGCGAAAUAUAAUUUUUUACAAAUUUUUGAAUUUUCGGCCGGCUGGCACCGCGCCAUGGCCUUUGAAACUGCAAAACUUGCCCACAUUGCCGGCGCUACAGAAAACAAACAACUCGUUCAAGAAGCCCGAUUUUCUUUUUAAUAUACAGAUACACCACUCUAGAUGUCCUAGCCAUAUCACAGUUCCGAAUUAUUUAUUCAUUUUAACGGCAAGAAUCUUUUUCCUUGCACGUGUUAUCAGCCUGCCAUCAAAACACAAAAAUAGCGCAACUUUGAGGGCAGUUUAAAAAAGUGUGGCACCUGUCUGAACGUUGCUAUGUAUUAAUACAAACUAGAAAUGAUAGUAAAACGUAAAAAGGAAUAAAAUUUUUGUGCUUUUCAAGUUUUCGAAUAUGAGCACCGUUUGAAUUUCCAGAAAUUUCGAAGACAAGAAAAUCAACGAACACUUGCCUUGUUAUUCUCCUCUUUUAACUUCGCUGUUUGUAAUGUCCUUCUUGGUUUGUAGAGCCGGGAUACUAUUGUGCAUUAAGCAAUCGCUUUUACUAAAAUAUUGUUUUCUUAUCAUUUGUCCUCCAAGGGAAUUUUUUGUCCUGUUUGUGAUAAAAGUAAUGGCACUCGUUGCUGGUCGCGAGCGUAACACGGUUGUUUCGUGACAUUCAAAUUUUUUCCGCCAUUUGUUAGAGGUAAUUCACGACAAUGAUGAGCUUGACUUUCGACUCAUAUCGACUCAUAGCAUAGAAGUACUUUUUCGGACCAACACAAUCGCGACUUGCACUGAUUAUGACGGGUUGAUUGACAGAUGGCAAAAUAAACUCAAAACAGUCUUAUUCCCUAGUAAGAUUCGAGGUCUCGAAAAAUACUUUUAGAAUAAAAGUUGAUUUUAUCAAGUAAAAUUGUCAAAUUUCCGCGUUGUUUCCAGAGUCACGUUCAUCUUCUCUACUAAAAGCGAAAUGUCUAUUAAUAUUAAAUUGACUUUCAAGAAUACUAGAAAUCUGGAUGCAGAAAAAAUAAAUAGUUUGUAAAAACCUUCCGUGCACAUUUUACAUAAAGCAAAAAUCCAGAACUACUUUACAAAAUAAACUGGCCUGCGUAGAAUGGCGGUCUUGUCGCGCGAAGCUCGUACGAACGAGCAUUGCUCCCGCCCCAAUCUCCUCGUGGUUUCACAACCCUCGCCCGCCUUAUAAGCUUGUACUGCGCGCCAGACCAGUACUACACAGGCUAAUAAUAUAACCGGAAAAAUCAAACACGUAAUGGAACAAUUCCUUUUAAAGGUUUAAGGAAAACGUUCAAGAGUUAUUCUCUCGACCUUCUCUUUAUGUAAAAUUGGAUGUACAGUUUCUUAGACAACUCAGUCGGCACAGGUUAUGGGCUCCUGAUCAGCAUUAAGAAUACUAUUACAUUUACCAUGACUUGAUGAGUAGUUUUUUUUUUCAACGGAAAGGUAAAAAGCUUAGUCCGUACUAGACUGCAAAACAGUCGGUUUUUUCCUCAAAAUCAGUAAAGAAAUCGGUAAAGCGUGGCGUAAGAGUCUUAUGCGCGCGAAGCGCGCGAGCCUCACACGCCCUAUGGGCGUGUGAGGCGAGAGAAAAAAAACCGUAUUUUUAGCGUCUCUCCCCAGUCUCGCUCUCUGUUUUCAGCCUCAUUCCAGACCUUUUGUUUGACUGCUCGCGCGUACUUGAAUACGCAAAAAUACGGACUGUUUUGCAGUCUAAGUCCGUACCUCGAAAGAGACAUGACUAUCCUCGUAGCAAACCUGAGCCCUACACCCACCCUUCUAAACCCCCAUUAAUGCUCCUUGUUAUGGGUAUUUACAGCUACUUAAAGCUACACGGAAAGGAGAGAAGUCGAAAAAGGGAUUGGAGGUCACAUUUGGGGAUCGACCUUUAGACUUCUCCCAUAGAAGGCCGCGCAAUAACCAACUGUACCAGUCCUUUCUCCUCAAAAGCAAGUGAAAACGCAAAGUAGCGCAGUAGAAAGCCUACCGGACCGAGUGGGACUUGUGUUUCCAAAAAUUGAGUGAUGUUACAUGACCAUUUUUUAGCUUUUCCUUGCUCCCAAAAAAAAAAGAUGUUGACACGUCCUUAAAGGGCGACAGUUUCGAGCCAGUUGCAGCCCAAAUAAUGAUCAAUUAUGUCUCACACAUACGAACAGACCCGCCCUGACGAAUAUCAGUUCGUAUUUUAAGUGGUUCGUUAUAUCUUUUCUUUCUUUCUGCAACGUACAUACUGAAUAUGUCUAACGUCGAAAAUCUCUACGAGUAGAUUUUCCCAAGGCCACAGCAGAAAGUCGGUCUGUACACUCCUUCGCUAUGGUUAAAAGAACAACAGCAACAACAGCUCGUUAUUAAGGACAGUUUGCUUUGUCCCUGGGGAAAGAAAACCUUUACAUUUUCUGUAAACUCACCCCGAGAGGGUCCUAAGAUCUCUAUUUUGCUUUAAAGAUACAAAAAUAGAAGUUUAUUAAUAUUUAACUCUUUGAAACAAAAGAAAUUAAUUUUUAACGUUUUCGUUAACCGUAACUGAAAAAAAUUAACCGAUAGCCGUAAAAGAUUCAAAAUUUUAGCCGAAAGCCGUAAAAGCCACCACCCCAUUGAGACCCUCUUGUCUGCUUCGUGUCCAGUCCACGAGGACUGGGCAUGAAAUACAAAGUCACUCAUACAACUACGCAUACGUAUUUCAAAUAGAUGACUGGGCUAAAUUGCUUUCUUAGCGUCUUAUCGCGUCACAUUUGCAAAGAAAUUAGUUUUAUUUGCCCAAGAAAUUUUACUGCCAUAUCUUGAGGAGUCGAUCCGAAAGAAAUAUUAUUUUUAGCAAAGACCUCGAGGUCGGGUGUCAGAAACCAGUCACGCUCGCAGUUACGACCAUUUUGCAAAACGGUUUACAAACCAGAUAAAAUUGCAACAAACGGAAUCAAUGGCCAAUAUAGUUUCAGACGAUUAAGAAAUAACCUUAAAAUGAAAAAGACCUAAGGUAAGAUCCAUCAAGCCAUCAAGUGAAGUUGACUUUCACGAGCAAAGCACAAGGCAAGUGUUCGUUAAUUAUAAGGUCUUCAAAAUUUCUGGAAAUUCAAACGGCGGUCAUAUUCGAAAACGUAAGAAAAAAAACUAAAAUUUUAUUCCUUUUUACGUUUUACUAUCAUUUCUAGUUUGUAUUAAUACAGAUAGCAACGUUCAGACGGGUGCCACACUUUUUUAAACUCCCCUCAAAGUUGAGCUAUUUUCUUGUUUUGAUGGAAGGCUGAUGACACGUGCCAGGAGAAAGAUUCAUACAGUUAAAAUGAAUAAAUAAUUCGGAACUGUGAUAUGGCUAGGACAUCUGGAGUGGUGUAUCCGUAUACAUGUUUUAAAAAGAAAUUCGGGAUUCUUCAACGAGUUGUUUGCUUUCUGUAGCGCCGGCAAUGUAGGCGAUUUUUGUAGUUUCAAAGGCUCUAUUGCGUCGGUGCUAACCGGCCGAAAAUUCAAAAAUUCGUAAAAAAUUAUAUUUCGCAUUUUCGGUCAAACAAAAUGCAUUUUUGUAGCUAAUUAUGUAAAGAAUUUAAUAUCCCAGAAUAUAAAGAAAACUGAUUUUUUGAUCCGAAAUCACUGGUCGGUUCUUACGGGGACGCGCUCUUCAGAGGCGCACCCCUACAAAAUGAGACCCAAUUCAAGGAAAAAACACACAAACUAAGAAUUUAAAGGCAACACAUACCCUGCGUGAUCAGAAGGCCUUUUCGUAAAUUAAUUGUCAGUCAUGCACGCCAAGAAAAGACCGUGAGUAAAGAAACGCCGAAAAAGUCUUCAUUAAGUCGCUUUCAUGAUACUCUAAGGUAAAGUUCAGCUAACAGACCGUUUUUUUUUCUCGUGUAGCUGGGCAUUUAUACCUGUAGACUCUUGAAUGUUAACCAAUUGAUAACGGCGGGAACACAACACUAACAAGGGAAAAAUUGAUUCAGUAUGGAAGAAUAAGACCCUCAAAUACCAUACUUUUUCGUGCGUCACAUACCUAUCUAGCCAAAGUAUGGGAGUACCCCACUCCUCCCCUCUCACAGCCCUCCAAGCAAUCAAGUUGAAGUUUAGUAAAUUGAAUCUAGUUUAAUAGGCCUACUACAGCUAUAAUCAUUUCUGCACAAAACAGGUAUCAAACUUGUUAUGAUCCCGGAAUCGGUUCAAUGAGGCCCUGUUGGGGGGGGGGGGGGGGGGUAGGGGGAGGGGGUUCUUAUCCCUUAUCCUUGUAAAUCUAAGAGGAGAUAUCCCUUAUCCCUAAACGUUGUAAGAACGUUACUACUAAAAGUCAGGAAACACGCAGGGGGAGGUGCUGGGGGAAAAACUUGCCCCUUUCCGCGCACUUUUUGUGGGAAAGAAAAAAAAAAUGUUUGCCACAAAUUUUUGUAGUUACUUUCAUGUUAGAAUUAAAGAAGGUAUAACUGUAGCUGAAAAGAUGCAAUAGUCAUUGUGAUUGUUAUGGCAUUGCAAAGGCUCGAUUAAUCCGUUUCCAGAGGCGACUUUUUACGCGUGUAAACAAGCGGCGAUUUCACAAAGACUCUUCUCAAGUGCUAACAAAAACACAAUAACCAUGCAGCCGUUGUCUCGUGGGUUUUGCGAAUACAGUAAAAUGGGUUUUCUUGGCGGCAAAGAUAUUCCCACCUUAUUAUCCAGCUUGCGAUCCUAUAACCAAUAAAAGUAAAGGGGAGAAAAAUAACUGUAGAUCAUAAUUAAUGUAGAACCAUGAUGAACUUUCAUUACUCCCUAAAACAAUUCAAUUAUCCCCAAAAUUAUUUUCUCAAUUAUCCCUUACUGGUUCCCUUAUCCCUAAGGAAAAGGUCUGAAAGGUUAGUCAUCACAUGUCAAUGCAAAUAAGAAAUGCAUUAUCAUUGGCGUAUAUCAUACAUCAUCUCUGUAUCUCUGUCUUUAAAGACUAUGUCCAUUUUCAUAACUAACUGUAAGGAAUAGCAAUACAAUAAACAAAGGGAGGAAAAUAAGAAAAAAAAGGAAAGUUGGAAAAAAUGUGUGAUUCCAUUUCACUCAUGGUUCUUAUUAAAUUUGUUUUGUUUUAGUUUAUGAUAAUUCAUUUAAAGUCAAGAAUAAAAAUAAAUAAAUAAAUAAAAUUCAAACUAAGGAAAAUACACUACAGAGUAACUACACCUCAGUGUUUACUCAAAAGUUAAUACUUACGUUUUGUUGGUUUGUUAGAGUCCAGUGGUGGCUUGAGCUUCACUCGCAAGGCGUUUAUUUUUUCAAUUAGCAAUAAAGAAGAACUGGAUCCCUUUGUGAGUGAGGUGAGGAGGCCAUACGAGGCAAUUUACAGGGGAUCAGCGUAUGGUCCAGUGUUUGGUGUUGACAUCAUCAUUGUUAAUAAUGCCAACAGUAACAGCGACUCAUACGCAGGCCUUGACUCAUACUACCAUGCUCCUGCUGCAGUGCAGGACCCGGAUACAAUCCUGGCCGGGACUUUGUCCUUCUCACCUGAUGAGGUGGAGGUAUUUUAUCUUGACCCUACUCAAUAA